AUGACUACUCCCCGAGUUCUGGUCAUCGCAGGCUCUGACAGCUCUGGUGGGGCCGGGCUCGAAGCAGACCAGAAGGUCCUUGCGGCUCAUGGAUGCUAUGCAAUGACAGCCACGACAGCUCUGACGGCUCAGAACACGUUAGGAGUUGUGGACAUCCACAUCACGCCACCGGCCUUUGUGGGCAAACAGAUCGAUGCUUGUUUGACCGAUAUCGGGUGUGAUGCUGUCAAGAUCGGCAUGCUCGCCUCGGCCGAAACCAUUCAGGUGGUCACCGAAGCCCUUCAACGCAACAAGGUCUCUACCAUUAUUGUCGAUCCUGUCAUGGUCGCCACCAGCGGCGCACAACUGCUUCCGGGAGACGCGGUGAAAAACCUGCGCAAAAGACUGCUGCCGAUGUCGACGCUGGUCACGCCCAACAUCCCCGAAGCCACGCUGCUCUUGCGCGACGCCGACGUCCGCUACAAGUCCCCUAUGGAUCUGGACGACUUGAAGGCCCUGGCCAAGAUGGUCUACGAACUUGGUCCGCAGGCCGUGCUGGUCAAGGGAGGCCAUAUGCCCCUGACCAAGGACUACGUCAAAGCCACGCGUGACGAAGACAAGGCCCUCACCGUCGACGUCCUGUACGACGGCUCCGGCUACACCGUGAUCGAAUCGCAGUACCUGACGUCUAAAAACACCCACGGGACGGGCUGCUCGCUGGCCAGCGCCAUCGCCGCCAACAUAGCACUCCAAAAGUCCCAAUCGCAGACCUCCCCCUCCCUGGCCACCGCCACCCGGCUCGCCGUGCACUAUGUGACGACGGGGAUCAAGAAGGCUGACUCGCUGAUAGGCAACGGGUCGGGUCCGAUCAACCACUUCCAUAACGUGCAGGUCCUGCCGUUCUCGGCGGGCCACUUCAUCGACUCGUACCUGCUGACGCACCCGCGCGUGGUCCGCAGCUGGCAAGCCUACACGCACCACCCGUUCGCGACGGCCAUGGCGCGAGGCACGCUGCCCGAGGCCCUGUUCAAGAACUACCUGGUGCAGGACUACCUGUACCUGACGCACUUUGCGCGGGCGCACGCGCUGGCGGCCUACAAGUCGCAGACCAUGGCCGCCAUCGGGGCCAGCGCCCACAUCGUGCUGCACGUCCAGCGCGAGAUGGCCCUGCACCUGUCGUACUGCGCCGACGAGUUCGGCAUCACGCGCGCCCAGCUCGAGGAUCCUACCCGCACCAAGGAGUCCGCUGCCUGCGUCGCCUACAGCCGCUACUGCCUCGACGUCGGCGCCAGCCAGGACUGGCUCGCCCUGCAGAUGUCCCUGGCCCCGUGUCUCAUCGGCUACGGUGUCACUGCCGCCCGGCUGUUCCGCGAGCCCGAGAGCCUGCCCACCGACAAGGGCAAUCGCUACUGGCGGUGGGUCGAGAACUAUGUCGCCGACGACUACCGGGAGGCGGUGAGGGUUGGUCGAGAACUUAUCGAAGAACACAUCGUCAAGCAAUCGCCCUCGCGGAUAGAGGAGCUCAUCGACAUCUUCGUGCGGUCGACGGAGAUGGAAGUCCGGUUUUGGGACUUUGACGCGCACCCUGACUAG